CGGCCCCGCCGCGCCAUGUCGGACUACAGCACGGGAGGACCCCCGCCCGGGCCGCCGCCGCCCGCCGGCGGGGGCGGGGGAUCCGGGGGGCCCGGAGGCGCCGGGGGAGGCCCUCCGCCGGGCCCGCCGGGCGCGGGGGACCGGGGCGGCGGCGGGCCCGGCGGCGGGCCCGGCGGGGGGGCGGCCGGCGGCCCCUCGCAGCCCCCCGGCGGGGGCGGCCCCGGGAUCCGCAAGGACGCCUUCGCCGACGCCGUGCAGCGGGCCCGCCAGAUUGCAGCCAAAAUUGGAGGUGAUGCUGCCACCACAGUGAACAACAGCACUCCUGAUUUUGGUUUUGGGGGCCAAAAGAGGCAGUUAGAAGAUGGAGACCAACCGGAGAGCAAGAAACUGGCUUCCCAGGGAGACUCCAUCAGUUCUCAGCUUGGACCUAUCCAUCCUCCCCCCAGGACUUCAAUGACAGAAGAGUACAGGGUCCCGGAUGGCAUGGUGGGACUGAUCAUUGGCAGAGGUGGUGAGCAGAUAAACAAAAUCCAGCAAGAUUCAGGCUGCAAGGUCCAGAUCUCUCCAGACAGUGGCGGCCUACCCGAGCGCAGCGUGUCCCUCACGGGAGCCCCGGAAUCCGUCCAAAAAGCGAAGAUGAUGCUGGAUGACAUCGUCUCUCGGGGUCGCGGGGGCCCCCCUGGACAGUUCCAUGACAAUGCUAAUGGGGGCCAGAAUGGCACAGUGCAAGAGAUCAUGAUCCCCGCAGGGAAGGCUGGCCUGGUCAUUGGCAAGGGCGGGGAGACCAUCAAACAGCUGCAGGAACGAGCUGGAGUGAAGAUGAUUUUAAUUCAAGAUGGGUCUCAGAAUACAAAUGUGGACAAGCCUCUGCGCAUAAUUGGGGAUCCUUACAAAGUACAGCAAGCCUGUGAGAUGGUGAUGGACAUUCUCCGGGAGCGUGACCAGGGCGGCUUUGGGGACCGGAAUGAGUACGGAUCCCGGAUUGGCGGGGGUAUUGACGUGCCAGUGCCCAGGCAUUCUGUUGGCGUGGUCAUUGGCCGGAGUGGAGAGAUGAUCAAGAAGAUCCAGAAUGAUGCCGGUGUUCGGAUACAGUUUAAACAAGAUGACGGCACGGGUCCUGAGAAAAUAGCCCACAUAAUGGGGCCCCCAGACCGGUGUGAGCAUGCAGCCAGGAUCAUCAAUGAUCUUCUCCAGAGCCUCAGGAGUGGUCCCCCAGGCCCUCCAGGGGGUCCUGGCAUGCCCCCCGGGGGCCGGGGCCGAGGAAGGGGCCAAGGCAACUGGGGCCCUCCUGGCGGGGAAAUGACCUUCUCCAUCCCCACUCACAAAUGUGGGCUGGUCAUCGGCCGAGGAGGUGAGAACGUGAAAGCCAUAAACCAGCAGACAGGAGCCUUUGUAGAGAUUUCCCGGCAGCUGCCACCCAAUGGGGACCCAAACUUCAAAUUGUUCAUCAUCCGGGGCUCGCCCCAGCAGAUUGACCAUGCCAAGCAGCUCAUCGAGGAGAAGAUUGAGGGUCCCCUCUGCCCAGUCGGACCAGGCCCUGGGGGACCAGGCCCUGCUGGUCCUAUGGGGCCCUUCAACCCUGGACCUUUCAAUCAGGGGCCACCUGGGGCUCCUCCUCAUGCUGGGGGCCCUCCUCCCCAUCAGUACCCACCCCAGGGCUGGGGCAAUACCUACCCCCAGUGGCAACCGCCAGCUCCUCAUGACCCAAAUAAAGCUGCUGCAGCUGCCGCAGACCCCAAUGCUGCCUGGGCUGCCUACUACUCACACUACUACCAGCAGCCCCCGGGUCCCGUGCCUGGCCCUGCGCCAGCCCCUGCGGCCCCACCUGCCCAGGGCGAGCCGCCUCAGCCCCCACCUGCCGGCCAGUCGGACUACACUAAGGCUUGGGAAGAGUAUUACAAAAAGAUAGGCCAGCAGCCCCAGCAGCCUGGAGCACCGCCACAGCAGGACUACACGAAGGCCUGGGAGGAAUACUACAAAAAGCAGGCUCAAGUGGCCACUGGAGGGGGUCCAGGUGCACCUCCAGGCUCCCAGCCAGACUACAGUGCUGCCUGGGCUGAAUAUUACAGACAGCAAGCCGCUUACUACGGACAGACUCCCGGUCCUGGCGGCCCCCAGCCACCACCCACACAGCAGGGACAGCAGCAGGCUCAAUGAAUCGAAUGAAUGUGAACUUCUUCAUCUGUGAAAAUCUUUUUUUUUUUUUUUUUUUUUUUCCAUUUUGUUCUGUUUGGGGGCUUUUUUUGUUUGUUUAGAUUUUUUUUCUGUUCGUUUGGCGAGAGAGCGAUGGCCGUGGGGGUGCCAGGGAGCCCUCCCUGUGAGUGGCUCAGUGGUUGUGGCACAAGUGUGGCUGGGCUCUCGCUCUCUCGUUCAUUCUGUGUCUCUCACAUGCUUUUUUUUCUUUCAAAAUUGGGAUCCUUCAUGUUGAGCCAGCCAUAGAAGAUAGUGAGAACUAAGUCUCUGCAAAAAAAAAAAAAAUAAUUAAAAAUAAAAAACAGAGCAAAAGAAAACCUAUAAAAUUAUAUAUAUAUAUAAAAAUCUCUAUCCCCCCCAGCCCCCCAAGCCUUCAUGAAACUGCCUCUUUCAGGGGAAAGCAAUUUUCUCCCCGCCACCCUUGGCCCUUUUCAUGUUUUUAAAAUAAACUUUAACAAAGGAGAAAAAGUCACUCUUGCUAUUUCUUUUCUUUUAGUUAGAGGUGAAACAUUCCUUGGACCAGGUGUUAAUAUUGCAGGAACCAACUCCACCACUCCCCCCGCCCCACCCCUCAGUCAAACCCCCUUGGCCUCUCUGCUUCCCUUCUUGCUCCUCCUUCCACCCCCAGCUCGGCUCCCCCGCAGUCCCUCCUGUCCCCCCACUCCCAGGACUGGUCUGUUGUGGUUCAUCUGUUUGAAAGGACAUUGCAACUGAAAACAGAACAAAACAAAAAAAAAUUGUAUGGCAGUUUUUACUUUUUAUCGCUCGUUUUUAACUUCACAAAUAAAUGAUAACAAAACCUC